AUGUCAAAGGAUAGAACAAUAGCCAUACCUGUUCAUCGAGAUACUAGAACAUUUGAACAAUAUAGAAAAGAUUUUUUAAAAGAUGUAGAAAAUUUUCCAAAUCAUGAUAAUAGUAUUUUACCAUAUCAUGAUAACUGGUUUAAUGAAGUGGAUGAUUGGAUUAAAUCAUCUUGGAAAAGAUGGGAUGAUGAAAUGAAACGUAUUAGAAAUGGAAUGUUUCAAUUAAUGCCUUUGGAUAAUUUUGGUUUAAAUAAAUGGGAUUUAUUUGACAAUUCAUUUGAUCCAAAUAACUUAAUAAGACAAAUGGAACAACGUAUUCAAAACAUUCGUCGAGAAAUGGGUAUAACUGAUGCACCAUUUACUGGGUCGUUAAACGAUUUCUUAAAAGAUGCAUAUGAAGUUGGUAAAGAUGGAAAGAUGCAUUUCAAGGUUAGAUUUAAUGUCAAAGGUUUUUCACCAGAGGAUAUCAAUGUAAGUACCACAGAUAAUCGUGUGAUUGUCAGCGCUAAAAAAGUGACUGAAACUGAUACAUCAAAGAGUUCACGUCAAUUCUGUCGUAUGAUUGACUUACCACAAUCAAUCGAACAAACAAAAUUAGAAUGUAAUUUAACAGAUGAUGGAGUCUUAAUAUUAGAAGCUCCAGUAAAACCAAAUAAUCAUAAAUCAGUGACAUUUAAUAAUCAACGUCAAAUUGCUAUUCGACCUACACAUACUGGAAAUGUAACACCAUCUAAAGAUCUAGUUGUGAAAGGUACUAAUGGCUUAACCAUUAUUGAUGAAGGGAUUUCACCAGUUGAAGAUCCAUUAGCAACUAGAUUUAUUUGUUAA